AUGAGCGAAGAGAGCGAUUACAUUAUUCAGCAGACCUUAUAUCAACUACUGCUGCUGCCUCUUCAAGUUAUGAAAGAGGCAAAUACAGACACUCUCUUCUGGAAUGAAUCAAACACGGAAGCAAAUAACUCUGUGGUGAAAGAAUUUAUUUUUAUUGGACUCUCCGAUUCUCAGGAACUUCAAAUCUUUCUGUUUGCAUUCUUUCUUGUUUUCUAUGCAGGAAUUGUNUUUGGAAACCUUCUUAUUGUCNUGACUGUNACCNAUGACUCCCACCUCCACUCCCCUAUGUANUUNCUGUUGGCUAACCUCUCAUUCAUAGAUCUGUGUCUGUCUUCUGUCACAGCACCAAAGAUGAUUGCUGAUUUUUUCAGGAAAUGCAAAGUCAUCUCUGUCCAUGGCUGUUUUGCACAAAUAUUUCUCCUUCACUUUUUUGGGGGGAAUGAGCUGGUGACCCUCAUAGCCAUGGCCUUUGACAGAUAUGUAGCAAUUUGUAAGCCUCUACGCUACACUACAAUUAUGCGUGGCAAUGUAUGUGCUGGCAUUGUGGCUACUGCAUGGGCAACUGGCUUCCUACACUCAGUGAGCCAAUUGGCCUUUGCAGUGAAUUUACCCUUUUGUGGUCCCAAUAAGGUUGACAGUUUUUAUUGUGACCUUCCUAGAGUAAUCAAACUUGCCUGUGCAGACACAUAUAGGUUAGACAUCAUGGUCAUUGCCAACAGUGGUGUGCUUACUGUGUGUUCUUUUGUUUUGCUAAUCAUCUCCUACAGUAUCAUUCUAACAACCAUCCAGAGGCGCCCUUCUGAUAGGUCAUCUAAGGCUUUGUCUACACUGACUGCUCAUAUCACAGUAGUUCUUUUGUUUUUUGGACCUUGCAUCUUCAUUUAUGCCUGGCCCUUUCCCAUCAAGUCAUUAGAUAAAUUCCUCGCUGUAUUUUAUUCUGUGGUCACUCCUCUCUUGAACCCCAUUAUAUACACACUGAGGAACACAGAGAUGAAAACUGCCAUGAGACGCCUGAGACAAUGGAAUUUAAACUUUUGGAUGAAGUCGUAG